AUGUCGAGCACGUCACCACAGCAGCGGGACCAGCAACACGUUCCAGGCACCAAGCCGCUGGACCCACUUGCAGCUAACGCGGAGCAUCUUUACUUGGAGAGUUAUGCAUUCACGACAGCGGCAGCGAUAGUGGGCUCAGUAGACCGCAAGAUCUUUGUAUUACUACGCGACGGCAGGAACUUAUUUGGGAUCUUGCGCACGUUUGACCAAUUUGCCAAUUUGGUGCUACAGGACACGUUUGAGAGGAUAUAUUUGGAGGAAGACGACGUACCGAAGCAGUUUGGUGAGACGUAUUUGGGGGUGUUUAUGGUGAGGGGCGAGAACGUGGUUAUGAUGGGCGAGCAAGACAUCGACAGAGAAGAUGACCAUUUGGAGCAGUUGGAGCAGAUUCCGUUCGAGCAAGCGGAACAGGGACUUAGACUCAAGCACCAGGAAAGAAUCAAAGAGGAGGGACGAAGAACAAAGACACUAUUGAAGCAAGGGUUGGUUAAUGAUUUCCAUAAAGCCGAUUUAUACUAG